GUACGAUCGGUCGGCAGGGCAGCGAAAUCCGUUCGGCGCUGCAGCAGGCGUAAAGUCCUCUGCCGGUCGCAAAUCACACUACAUAUAUAUAUCGCAGACGCGCGUGUUCGAAACUGCAUUCGAUUCGAAACUAAAUCAUAGUCCGUCGCCGUUUCGCCGCCGUCCGCGCCCGAGAGAUUGUAUAUAUUAUUAUAGUAACGAUAGUAUAAUAAUAUAUUAUUGUUAUAAUAAUAAUAUAUAAACGCUCUCGUGGCUUGACCGAAGGCCGUGCGAAAAAGAACUUAGGCGGACGGCGGCCGACCUCUUGUGCAUCGCGCGCGCAGUGACACCCACUCGACAUCGUCCGCUUCCGUUUUCAACUUAUCCGUCGCCGUAGUUUCGUACGUAUCAUAUACACUUGUUUUGCCACCGCUUCAAGAGGUGCGUUACGCUGGGGUCGUCUUCGUUUUCAAACAGAGGUGCCAUCGGGCCAGAUUCAGCCAAGAUGACCUCCUGGGAUUCAUAUCUAGCAGUAGCAACGUUUCUAUCAUCACCUGAAGAAUUUAUGGGAUGGUUCGUCGGAUUCGUUUCCCUAUUCAGUACAAACCUCUUAAGACCACUGAGGCUAGCAUUAACGUCAUCUAAUAAAAAUGCAACUAAAAAUAGCAUGCUGUCGGUCAACGGGCCGAAGGGCACCAGACGAGAAGGCAAGAAGUUCAGACAAUACGCCGCCGCGCUGUCCACCACGAUUGGACCGUUCGCCGUAGGUACUGUGCUGGCAUGGACGUCGCCGGUGCUGCCCAUGUUGCAGUCCGAGAACUCGAGGAUCCCGAUUACGGCCGACGAGGGGUCGUGGGUCGGUUCUCUGAUCGCCAUCGGUGCCAUCAUCGGGUCCAUACCGGCCGGCAAGGGCGCGGACAUAUUCGGCCGAAAACCCACCAUCGCCGCCCUGGCAGUGCCGUUCAUCAUCAGUUGGGCAAUGAUAUACUUCGCGACCACCGUCUGGGAGCUGUAUGUGGCACGUCUGAUUGCUGGUGCCGUUAUCGGCGGCGUCACCGCCACCGUCCCGAUGUACAUCGGUGAGAUAGCCGAGAGCUCCAUCAGAGGUGAACUUGGCUCUUACAUCCAGGUGAAGGUGACGUUAGGUAUAUUGUACGUGUAUGCCAUCGGUCCAUUUGUAUCUUACGAAGGGCUGGCUAUCCUAUGUGGAAUCAUACCGGUCAUCAUGUUCAUCCUGGUCCUAUUAGUGGCGCCCGAGACACCCACAUAUCUGUUACGAGCCGGCAGGAGGAAGGAGGCGGAACAUUCGCUAGUACUGUUGCGUGGACACGAGUACGACAUCGCCGGUGAGCUAGAGGAGCUGCAACAGCAGCUCGAGGAAGAGCAAAAACGAAGCAGCAAGUUCAAGGAUCUAAUAUCAUCUAGGGCUACGGUCCGCGCGUCAAUCGCCGUCAUGGGGCUGCUCAGUUUCUUGUCGUUUUCGGGCAUCAACGUUCUCAUAUUUUACGCCGAAUCUAUAUUCAAAAGCAGCAGCAGCAGCAUAUCUCCGCAAGUCAGCUCAAUUAUCAUUGGAGUCCUCCAAGUCAAGUUCACGUUCGCGUCCGCCCUGCUAGUGGACAAGGCCGGUCGGCGCGUGUUGUUGCUGAUCUCCGACUCGGUGAUGGCCGUGUGCCUGGGCUGCCUGGGCUACUUCUUCUGGCUCCAGGAGCACGCCGUCGACGUUUCGGCAUUCAGUCUGAUACCGCUGAUCAGCUUGGGCGUGUACAUCAGUACGUUCUCGCUGGGCUUCGGGCCCAUACCCGGAGUCAUGAUGGGCGAGCUGUUCAGCCCGGACGUCAAGGGCCUGGCGCUGGGCAUCGUGUGCGUGAUCGCGUCCCUGCUCGAGUUCGUCGUCGUCAAGAUGUACCAGAACCUGUUGGAUUGGUUCGACCACGGCAUCACGUUCUGGAUAUUCGCCGGGUUCUGCGUGCUGGGCACCGUUUUCGUGUGGUUCCUGGUACCGGAGACCAAGAACAAGACGCUGCAGGAGAUCCAGAACGAGCUUAGUGGCAAGAAGAAGAACAACCGAAAGGACAACCCUAAGGGAAACAAGAAACACCAAAUGAUGGACUCGCUGACCGGCGACCAUGCCGCGAUCGUCUGAACACAAAUCAAAUAUAAUGCACAAUAUCGUUGUGCACGCGCACACGCAAUAUAAUUUUAUCACACGACAUGAGUAAUAUAAAUAAUACCUAUAUAUAUAAUGUAAAUGUACAAUAUUGCAUAGCGCGUGUGGGUGCGUGUGUGCGUGUGCGAUGGAAUUUGACGAGCUGGGCGGGCGGGGUUUUGAAGAAAACAAUAUUUUUUACAAUUUUUUAACCCCAAAUAAUUUUUUUUUUUUAUCAAAAAACUGUUUUAAUAUCAAAUACACUGAAAAAAACCGUUUUAUUUUUUUAAAAAUGCAUUUUUGUUUUAUUAAUUUUUUUUUUUUUUUGCUUAUUUUCGAAUCGAGUGACUCGUAUUACCGACAUGUUCUUCACAUGUUGAAGUAUUAUAUAAUAUUAUAUAUUAUGAUUUCGGGUAUUUAUGUAUAUCAUAUAUACGUACUUAGUUAUGUAUUUGAUUUUUUUUUCACAUCGUAACAUUUACACUGUUUAUAUUGACAUAACAUAUAAUAUAUUGCAUUCCAUUUUAUUGUCAACUCCUUUCGAAAGGACUCAUAAGUCAUAAAUACCACAUUAUAAUAUAUAUAUAUAUAUAUAUACUCAUUCGAUCGGGGGUAUUUGGGAGUUUUAUUUCCGACACGUUUCAUUACACGAAAAUCAUAUUAUUUAUUUAUUUUCAAACGUUAUUGAUUCCAAUUGUUUUCUUCCGAACCGAACGUGAUUCGUAUAUUGACGGUGCUUGGCCUUAAGCCACGUAGUUUAUAGUUACAGACGUUAAAAUAGAUCAUCGUAUGUAUUUGGUAUAGGUACGUGUGUAACACGCGUUAAUCCAAACAGCACAAUAUGUUUCCAGUUCUAUAUAUAUAUAUUAUAUAUUUAUGUAAAAAUAAUUCCGCUCAAGUUUUCGUGUCCGGUCAGUGGUUCGGUGGUGCAGUAUAGAAUCUCACGCGACGCGUAUGUGACAAUAAUAAUAAAGAUUGAAAUUGAAAGUAUGUUCCAGGGGAUUUUUCGGGUUUUCUUUCUUAGACAAAUGAUUUAAAAUCAAUUUUUACUUAACACAGACAAUAAAAUAGAUGAUUAUAAUAUAUUAAAUUUGUAUAAGCCCUAUUUUUCAAACUACCCCGCACAAUAUACCGUCCUCUAUCGUCUAAAAGUACAAAUACCUUCAAACAUUGUGCUGCAUUAUUUUAAUAAAAUAUUUAUACUUUAAAAAUUAUAACAUAUAUAUUUAUUAAACCCUUAGCGUAUUUGUGAUUUAUACAUAUAUAUUUAAAACCGGCUAAUCGCAGGUAGUCUUUAGUGUCUAAAAAAAAAUCGGUUUAAAUGCAGUUACAUAGAGUUUGCUCAAACACAAAUAUUGAAAUAUUAAAUAUUUAUUUUUUAUACAUAUAAUAUUGUUGUAUUUUAUAUUAGAUAAUUAGGUGUAUGUCAUAUUACAAUGUCAAUUCAAAGCACAUAUUAUAAAUAUUCGUUACAAUUUUUAUAUACAUUUAUUCCUUAUCACACACAUUUAAAAAUAAAAAUUCACUCGUUCAUUAUGAAUUACUAAUUUCGUUUAGAUUAGGAUCAUUUUUAUCAUACAUUUCAACUGUACGAUCCCGACGACUCACCGUUGAUAUUCACUCGGUCUUCCUAAGAUUAUUGUGAACUAUUACAUUAAAUUUUAUUAUUAUUAUAAUUACCUUACCAUUUUAGUGACAUGCGCUACGUUCAAAUUAUCGACUUUAAUUAAUGUAUAAUAAUAUUAUAUUGUUGUAAUAUAUAGUGUACGUUUCAAAUUACAUUAUAUUUACGCAUCAUAUUUCACGUUGCAUAUCGCGAUUAUGUUAGUUUAUGUUAAUCAUUUUUUUUUUUGAAAAGAUUUAACAUUUAAACAAUGGCGAUGUAAAAAAUUAUUAUAUGUUUUCAACGCGUUGCUCAAGUCGCGUGCACUUAUGCCGCUGUUCAACGGUUGCGCGCGGCGGACGUGCAACAGGCCAUUUAUUGUUAUUAUUAUUGUUAGUAAUUAUUAUAAUAAUAUAUUAUUUGACAAUUGGUCGAUUAUCAUAAUUUACCGUAUUUUAUGUUGUACACGUAUUUAAUAAUAUCUAUUGUAUUUUAACAUGUCUUUAGUUUUUAAGGUAUUUAUCAUUUGUAAAUAAUUAGUUAUUAGUUAGGUAUAUAUCUUUGAAUUAUAUAGGUAUAUUAUUAUAAUAACGAAACGCGUAACAUAUUAGUUUUAAGUAGACAACAAAUUAUUUACAUACAAUUACUAUAGUUAAAAUAUUAGCGUAUUCCAGAGAAGAUAUCAAUGUAGAU